AAAGCAACCAAGUUAACCACGACCAAACCACAUGUGCGGGCAAUGCGCUUCUAGCGUUUCAUAGUUAUUCGCUCGGUUCGCUACAACACCAGUCGCGUUGGUGGCAGCAUAAGCGGCUGCGGUUGAACGAGUUGACGCGCAGUCGUCGAUCCGUUGGUUCACGUUGAGCAAACGCCAUUGCGUUUCGACGUGGAACAUGGUGCCGGUCGGGACGCGUUACAAGCUGAGGGAUGCCCGCCGCUUCCAAGCAACGAAUACGACAGGUGCCUGUGCGUACAAGAGGGGGUCACCGACGAAACAAUUGGAGAAAGGACGUAGCGUUCACAUCGGCAGUAAGUACCAGGUCCGGGUUCCCCGUAAUGUGCCAUCGGAUCUGCCGCCCGCCGACUCUACGCCUGACAGGGCAGUUCAAGUGUGGUCUCCCAGAGGCGGUAUUUCGGACAGUGAGCUGAACGAUUACGCUAGCUUUGCGGCCGAACUGUAUGGCUACAACGAAGAGCAGGCCCUGGGAGUGCUUCAGUGGCACGGUCACGACCUCGAUAAAGCGGCCUCCGAGCUCGGAAACUUUGUACCUGUCGUGGACAAGUGGACGGCGGAGGACGAUGCGCGUUUCGAGAACGCGUUGGUUGUUCACAGCAAGAACUUUCGCGUGAUACAACGCAUGUUCCCGAAAAAGACCAUUGCAAGCCUAGUGAAGCACUACUACCUCUGGAAGCAGACGCGAACGUACACGAGCCUGCUCGAUCAUCGGGUGCUGCGUCCCGCCACAACCCCUCGUGAUAGUUGGCUCUCCGAAAGUGGAAAAACGCAGGGCACUCGCAUCAGAAAAGGAGGCACCUACUGCGGCCGCAUCUUGGAGCGCGUUGGCGGCGACUCUGAGAAGAACGGCAGUUUUCAGCGGGAUCCAGAAAAAGCACUGACGACCACAAAGAAGGAUCGGUAUCAGCAACGCUCUGGCUGUCUGAAACGUAAAGACAUCGUGCAGUUAACUCAAGGAUUUCCCUACGUUUUUGAGGCCACCAUGCAGGCGAUGGACCGUGAAAUUGCAAACAUGCGAAAACAAGUGCAGAAGAACAAGCAGGACCUAAGCCGAAUGAAACGCAUGUACUCGAGAAGCAUUGAUGUGGUUCAUCACUUGCUGAACAACAGUAUGUGAGCUCGUGGCAUGUCACAGGCCAAACGCCACCGCUGCGCCAACGUCGUAUACAAGAAACCUCAAGAACUGAUGUGCCACGUAACAUCAGUGAAGUCCAGAGCGUGACGGAGCACCGUCUGGCGAGGGGCAUACAUUUCUUGCAAGUAAACGGACACUGGCGAAAGUUGCUACUUUUGCGAGUGUUAGUUCACUUGCAAGAAGUAUUAUCGGUGACAUUUGUGCAGAGUGGUACAUGAUAUUGUGUGUAAUGUUUGCCUGGUAGUUUACUGUUUGCUGUUGUGAAAGUUCAAAAUUGUUAUAUUUUUGUAAUGUCACAAAUCGUUACUUAGAGCUGAUGAGACUCGAGGUGUCCACAGUUUCUCCAGAGUACUAUACUGUCACUAGGCCUAGUUUGUUUCAGGUGCCUCUUGUUCACCAGGUGCCGGCCCUCUACCCAAUCUAGUCAAUGCAUUUCAGUCUUCUUUAAGGUACCCUGAAACGGUUUUUUGAAGUUUUGUCAGCGUUCGGGCUAGAGGGUCGUCAAACCAUUUGCACCUCAGGUUUAGCGACACGCCAUAUACGAAGGCUGCUACAAACAAUUAUA